AUGGCUAAACGACGAAAAGGAAAGCACAGUAGCGGCAGGAGUACCCCCAGUUCCAUCACGCCACCUCCGUCGGCUCCAGGGUCCGACGAGGAGGAUGACACUCACGAACAGGACGCAACGAAGAAGCCUGAUACAAAUGAUGAAGAGAUGAAAGAAGCAUCAGAAUCUCCCAGGAAAGACAAAGAAGAACCUCUUCAAAAAGUGGAAGGAAAUGAAAUCCCAUUGGUAUUGACCAGCAGCGAGAAACGUCGGGGAGUCUACGAAUGCGACUAUUGUCAUUCGGACAUUUCCCAACUUCCUCGUAUUCGCUGUGCCAUUUGUCCCGAUUUUGACUUGUGUUUGGAUUGCUUUUCUACCACUGAUCACCAGGCGGCAAUUGCCCGGCUAAAGGCAGCAGCUAAUACGCAUUCUGAACUAAGCAAGGAUGGAAUUCAGUCCACGAUGGUAACGGGAAUAUCUGUAUCCUCCCAAAAUGGAUAUCCAUUGUCGCAAGGAUAUAAGGUAUGUGAUAGUACAAGAUAUCCUAUGUUCGGUCCAUUCAAGCAUUCUAGUAUCAAGACUGCUGAUGAAAAAGACCAAGAUCAGGAAAUGUCAGAGGGAGAAGGAAAAUCAUCCGAAGACAAGUCAGCUGCCUCAGCACCUUCACCUUUGGACAUUUUGACCAUAGUGGACGAUCCCAAGGUGAUUUGGACGAUCGAAGAGGAUCUCCGACUGUUGGAUGGUAUCAAAACGCAUGGGCUAGGAAACUGGACCGAAAUUUCAGAAGCCGUCAGUGGAAAUGGAUCCACUGGAAAGACCCCCAAGCGAUGCAUGGAAAGGUAUCUGGAUGAUUUUUUGGGUCGUUAUGGUCAUAUCCUUCCUGCCUACACUAUCAUUGAUGAUGCUGUUGAGGAUGAAGUAGAGGCACCUAAAGAAACGACCAAUGAUGGGGAAGAAUCCUCCAAGCCUGAAGAAGAGGAGGCUGUACGGAGCUCCAAACGACGAAUGUCCUCAUUGUCUCGAAUGCCCAGCAAUCUGAGCACUACCUCCAAGGCACGCAAACGAUACCGAGUUACAAGAACCGAGACCUUACCCGAAUACAAGAAACUCAAACUCAAGCCAUUUCUUCCAGAGGUGGAAGGCGUAGAAAUUGGACAAGAAGUUUGCCGAGAGCAAUCGAAAAGAGCCGAACUCGAAUUUGUCAAGGCAACGGCUGAUGCUUCCACACAAGAAGAGGUUGACAAAAUUAAGGAGGAAUGGAUUGAAACAAGAAUGAAUCGCCCCGGGGCUCCUACUGUCUUGCCUCCGAGACCAUCGGAUACAGCCUUGUUGCCAGGUGCCGAUUUGCUGGGCUUUAUGCCUCGUCGCGGAGAUUUCGACAUUGAAUGGGAAAACGAUGCGGAAGAGUCCAUUGCGGACAUGGAAUUCACACAGAAUGAUACUCCCCAAGAAAGAAAACUCAAGGUACAAGUAUUGGAGAUCUACUUCCAAAAGCAAGAGGAACGGGAACGGCGCAAAAAUUUCAUCAUGACCCGCAAGUUGUAUGACUACAAGAAAUUUUUGGAAGAUGAAGAAAAGAUUCCUGUGGACGAACGGGAUUUGGUCCAACGGUUGCGACUGUUUGAAAGGUUCCACACACCAGACGAGCAUAAGCAAUUCAUUGCGGGUAUUAUCAAGGCCAAGAAAUUGCGCAAGGAAAUUGCCAAAUUGCAAAUGUACCGUCGGAUUGGCAUUCGCACCUUGUUGGAAGCGGAAAAAUACGAACUAGAUAAGGAGCGACGCCAAUUCCACAAGGCUGCUCAAUGUCAAAAGGAAGCGGAAGCCACGACCAAGGCAACUGGGGCGCAAGAUCCUAUUGCUACUUCAAUCGCUUCCACUAUACAAGCAACGGAUACCAAGCCUGCGGAUACUGCACUGUGGAAGCAAUACAAGCACAAUGACCGGAGAGGCCGACGAAGCAUCAAUCGGACUAUUAGUUCUUUAUCAGAUGGGGGCGUAACAGACGUUUCCGAAGCUAGGGGGAUGGAAGAAAAUAACGGUGAGGAGAAGAAGGCCGAGGAAAGCAGAAAGGAAAAGAAGGAUGAUGGGAAGAAAGAGGAGGAAAAGAAGGAUGACAAGACGGAAAAUGAGAAGGAUAGCAAGUCGAUGGAGGUAGAUGAAAAGGAUACAGAUGUCGAAAUGAAGGACACAGAGGUAGAGAUCAAAGCUCCAGAACAGGAUGCAUCAUCCAAGAAGGAGAAAAGCAAGAACAAGGAGCAGGCAGAAUUUGAUAUUUCUGCAUCGAAGGGUUACGAUUUGCUUUCCAAACGAGAGAUUGAAUUGUGCCUGAGACUGAAGAUUUUCCCCGUCCAAUACCUCGAAAUAAAAAAAGCGCUAAUAUUCGAGUCUAUGAGGAAAGGGCUCUUGGACAACGAAGCUGCAGGAUCCGCACGGAGGACAAUCGUUAAGGUCGAUGUGGAGAAGCGGGGCAACAUUAUCGAUUUUCUGGUUCGAGCAGGAUGGAUUUCGACAUCCUUGGGGAAAGCAGCAGUAUCGGUCAAUAAUUAA